AUGAACGCAAACGAGACUAUCGGUACCAACAACACCAACAAUAUGAACAUUACAGGGUUGAAUCCCGCGGGAAACGACCUUCUGCAAGUAAUCAGCGUAGGUGGCCUUCCUGCACUCGAGGUUGUCGCUGCGUCUGGCGACACCUUUCCACCUCUCAAGGCGGCUGUCGUUGAGGCGCUGGCCAUAAUCGGAAUGGUUAAGAAAUUCAAGAUCAAUAAGAAGGAUUGGGCCGCUUUUUCUGCGAGUCUCAUUCGGAAGGUCGAGGAGAUUGUUCAGGCUACCUGUCAAUACAACGAGAGUCGGGUUCCAUUGACUUUGCAAUCAAAUGUUGAGAAUCUGAAAGGCAUUUUGGAUCAUAUGAAAGAAGAUGUGAUGAAGAUCCAACAACAGACCUCAUUUAAGAGAGUAGCCAAUUUUAGAAAAGAUCCAGAACAAAUUGAGAGAUUCCAGGCCAAGCUGAAUGCACUUCCUAACUUUCAGGCCUCUCUUGGGGUUGGUGUUGAGGGAAGUUCAGAAAAAGCAAAUGCCAAGGGGAGUGAGAUUUUGGAAGAUACUAGAACACCAGAGGCCACCAAGGCCAUCAAGAGAAAGAAUAUUGUUGAAAGGCCUACAGCUACAGAAAAUGUACCUCAGGUACAUGUGCUUAAUCAGGCACAUGAUUUUCAAAUCAAUGAUAGUGUAUUCAAUUCUGCAAAUACUAUCAUUAUUAAUGACAACAGGGAAAUUGAAGCCAAGAUAGCAGAUGCAGCAGAUCAGUUAAAGGUGGAAAAAUGGCUGCAAGAGCUUAGAGCUCCAUCACAUGGCAAAGUAAGAGAGAGAUGCAUGCCUGGAACCCGACUAGAUGUGCUUCAUGAUAUCCAAACAUGGCUUGAUGAUCUUGAUAUGCAUAACAUUUUCUGGCUUUCUGGCAGUCCUGGUUCUGGAAAGACAACAAUUGCCUCAACUGUGGUUGCUGGUUUUCACUGUUUUUCUGGGCAAUUUUUUUUCCAUCGUGAUGAAGCUGAGCUUCGGGACCCAGAUAACUUAUGGAGACGUCUUGCUUUGGACCUUGCUCUAGGAUCCAAUGAUCUAAAAAAGGCUAUAGCUCAGGCACUGGAGACUCAAAAAGCUAACAUCAGAGGCUUUGAUAUUUCUAUGCAAUUUGAGCACUUUAUUGCCCAGCCACUAGGGGAGAUUUUUACAACCUCAGCAAAGCCUCUUCUUAUUGUUAUUGAUGCUCUUGAUGAGUGUGAUUCAUAUGAGAAACUCUUGCCUUCAUUGACAUCCUGGUCUUGCCUUCCUAAAUCUUUGAAGCUCCUCAUUACAAGUCGCCAUUAUGGUGAUAUUCAGAGUUCACUAGAAUCUGUCAGUGUUCACCAUAAUCUACAUACUGGACAUGAGAUAUCUACUCAGACUUCUGAUGACCUUGAAAAAUACUUUAUUGCAAGAUUUUCUCAGGUAACUAGGUUGCCCCAAAAUUGGCCUGGUCCAGCAAAAGUAUCACUACUUGUAAAAAAAGUUGCUGGGCUGUUCAUUUGGGCUAAAUCUGCAAUGGACUUUAUCUUGAAUAAGGGGGGUGAUCCUGAAGAGAGGCUAGAUAUCAUUUCUGCUGGCUCUGGGGAAGAAAUUGAUGCUGUUGACAGCUUGUAUCAUCAGGUCAUUUCUGUUGCUUUGCAAGGUCUCAGAAAAUCAGAGGAAGCAACUUUAAGAUUGGUUCUGGGUUCAAUUGUUAUUGCAAAGAAUCCACUUCGCAUUGAAGACCUAAAAGAUCUUCUGGAAGUCAAAGAUGCAUUGCUAAAUUCAAUAAUCAGUCAACUUAGGCCAAUUCUAUCUAUCAGUGAUGCAAGCUAUGUGCAUGUUUGCCACCAGUCAGUUGCUGAUUUUCUGGUGGAUCCAAAGAGAUCCAAAGAUUUUUGGAUAGAUGGUCAGCUGCACAGUCUCCGUUUUGCUGGCUAUUGCUUGAAAUUUAUGAAUGCAAACCUAAAAUUCAACUUCUUUAAUCUAAAAACAUCCUAUGUUUUAAACAAAGACAUACCAGAGCUGAAUGAGCAUAUCAAGAGAGUAAAAUCUACAGCUUUGGAUCAUGCAAGCUACUUCUGGGCCAGCUAUUUACAGAAAAUUUGUAAUAAAACAUUACAGCUGGAAACACAAGCUGCAGUCGAGGAAUUUUUGAUGGUACAUCUUUUACACUGGCUUGAAGUUAUGAGUCUGAUGGGAACAGUGAACCAUGCUGCUCAACUACUGUUGUUAGCUGCAAGUUGGAGUAGAAUUUUGAAGUGCAGCUUAUCAGACUUUGCAAAUGAUGCAAGUAGAUUUGUAAUGGAAUUCCUGGAACCAAUAUCUCUUGCAGCACCACAUAUAUAUUUGUCAGCACUGCCAUUUGCACCACAAAUUUCAAAAGUCUCCAUGUGUUUUAUGAAGCUAUUUCAAAGGACAUUGACUGUGAAGAUGGGUCAAAUGGACCAUUGGUCAGAGAAAUGUGUUCUCAGACUUGCAGGCCACAAUGAUAAAGUUGCUUCAGUUGCAUUUUCUCCUGAUGGCAGGCACAUUGUUUCUGGAUCUUGGGACAAGACAAUUAGAGUGUGGGAUGCUCAGACAGGUCAGAGUGUCAUAGAUCCUCUCAAAGGCCAUGAUGACAGAGUUACUUCAGUUGCAUUUUCUCCUGAUGGCAGGCACAUUGUCUCUGGAUCUAAUGACAAGACAGUCAGAGUGUGGGAUGCUCAGACAGGUCAGAGUGUUAUGGAUCCUCUUAAAGGCCAUGAUGCUUAUGUUACUUCAGUUAGAUUUUCUCCUGAUGGCAGGCACAUUGUCUCUGGAUCUGAUGACAGCACAAUUAGAGUGUGGGAUGCUCAGACAGGUCAGAGUGUCAUGGAUCCUUUCAAAGGCCAUAAUGAUACAGUUGCUUCAGUUGCAUUUUCUCCUGAUGGCAGGCACAUUGUGUCUGGAUCUUGGGACAAGACAAUUAGAGUGUGGGAUGCUCAGACAGUUGCAUUUUCUCCUGAUGGCAGGCACAUUGUUUCUGGAUCUUGGGAUAAGACAGUUAGAGUGUGGGAUGCUCAGACAGGUCAGAGGGUCAUGGGUCCUCUCAGGCGCAUUGUCUCUGGAUCUUGGGAUGAGACAGUGAGAGUGUGGGAUGCUCAGACAGGUCAGAGUGUCAUGGAUCCUUUCAAAGGCCAUGAUGAUUAUGUUGCUUCAGUUGCAUUUUCUCCUGAUGGCAGGCACAUUGUCUCUGGAUCUUGGGACAAGACAAUUAGAGUGUGGGAUGCUCAGACAGGUCAGAGUGUCAUGGAUCCUUUCAAAGGCCAUGAUGAUAUAGUUACUUCAGUUGCAUUUUCUCCUGAUGGCAGGCACAUUGUUUCUGGAUCUUGUGACAAGACAGUUAGAGUGUGGGAUGCUCAGACAGGUCAGAGGGUCAUGGGUCCUUUCAAAGGUCAUGAUGAUACAGUUACUUCAGUUGCAUUUUCUCCUGAUGGCAGGCACAUUGUUUCUGGAUCUUGGGAUGAGACAGUUAGAGUGUGGGAUGCUCAGACAGGUCAGAGUGUCAUGGAUCCUCUGAAAGGUCAUAAUGGUAGAGUUACUUCAGUUGCAUUUUCUCCUAAUGGCAGGCACAUUGUCUCUGGAUCUUGGGAUGAGACAGUUAGAGUGUGGGAUGCUCAGACAGGUCAGAGUGUCAUGGAUCCUCUGAAAGGUCAUAAUGGUAGAGUUACUUCAGUUGCAUUUUCUCCUAAUGGCAGGCACAUUGUCUCUGGAUCUUGGGACAAGUCAGUGAGAGUGUGGGAUGCUCAGACAGGUCAGAGUGUCAUAGAUCCUCUGAAAGGUCAUAAUGGUAGAGUUACUUCAGUUGCAUUUUCUCCUAAUGGCAGGCACAUUGUCUCUGGAUCUUGGGAUAAGACAGCCAGAGUGUGGGAUGCUCAGACAGGUCAGAGUGUCAUAAAUUCUUUCAAAGGCCAUGAUCUUUGGGUUACUUCAGUUGGGCUUUCCUCUCAUGGCAGGCACACUGUCCCUGAAUUUGGUGACAAGACAGUCCAGGUUGCUGAGAUAGAUCAGACAAUUAUGGAUCCCUUUGCAGUGUCUUGUCUUUCCCCUUGUGCUACUUCAAGAAAUCCCAUUGUAUUGCCAAUCACUCCUAUAUAUUCUGAAGAUGGGAACACUAGUAUGUCUGACUUCCAUAAACCCUUUCUUUGUGAUUCCUAUGGACCAUUGUUAAAAUUCUGUCACCUUGAUAAUAACUGGAUCAUGCUGCCAGAUAAUACCUACCUCCUAUGGGUGCCACAUCAAAAUCAAUCUGGUUUGUUCUGGCCAAGAACAACUACUGUGAUUGGUUGCACUCCAACUUCACUUCAGUUUAAAAACUUUGUUCAUGGUGCAAAUUGGAGCCAGUGUUUUUCAUCAUUACAUGAUCACAUUUAA